UUUAACCCCAGGACAUUUUUUGAUUGGCACCCCGCUACUGGCACUCGCUGAACCCGAAAUUAACGAGAACCCGAUGUCUAUUGUCAACCGGUGGCAAAAGAUCAAGGCGAUUCACCAGACAUUCUGCAGAAGGUGGAAAGCAGAAUACCUGAAGGAAUUGCAGAAGAGAGUGAAAUGGCACUCCCCCCCAACGAAACCUCGAAGUUGACGAUCUAGUCGUCGUCAAAGAGGAUAACCUUCCCCCAAAUGAAUGGCGACUUGGCAGAGUAAUUAGGGUCUUUUCAGGUCAGGACAGCCGAGUACGAGUCGUAGAAAUACGAACGGCACGCGGAAUUAUAACUCGACCAAUUGUAAAAUUGGUACUUUUGCCAGAUUGACAAAACAAAAUAAUAAUCGUAUCUCUCUUUACAGAACUCAAUAACGCAAAAUGGUACGUGCAACCAAGAGCAACACCCAAGCUAACAAGGGCCAAUACCGCUGCCCAGUGUGCCGCAGCAACCACCGCCUGGCUUUUUGUCGCGAGAUGCGCAGGAUGGAACCGGCCGAGAGACUGCGUGCUGUCCUCGUGCACCGCCACUGCGCCAACUGCCUGUCGCCGCAUCACACGGCGAAGAAUUGCGCAUCGCCCCGAAAAUGUGAGCAUUGCCGAGACCGGCACCAUAGCCUUCUCCACCUGGGCGAGGCGCCCCGAGAUGAGGAAGACGUGCUACUGGGAUUGGUCGAGCCAGAGAUCCGUCAGCGACGACCGUUCCGCCCGUACACCAUCCGGCCAUUAGCCGAAACAAGCGACGAAGGUGAGGUGCUGGAAAUCGACGCCGAUGAAGAAGACCUCCAACAAGCAUUGGGGGAUGAUCCCGAGCUUAGUGCACCGCCGGCAUUCAGACCUGCUCUGUCGGGUGUCCGGUCGGUAGUGCAGCGAGCCCCAGCAACGAGGUCGAAGCGCCGAGGCGCACACCGACGCCAACGGCGAUCCCAGCAACAACCCCACCGCCGUGGUGUGAGAGACGCCCGAGAGCGGAUUACGGGCACGGCCCGUAGCGCUCCUAGGCUAUCUGUCCUCACACCCACAGUAGCGGUUAAGGUAAUGACCCGAGGGAGGACGCAAGUAGUGCGCGCCAUCGUCGACCCAGCACAGCCCAGGUCGACAAUAUCGCUUCAGCUGGCACGCCAACUUCGAGUUUUGCCACAGGGCUAUGCAGAUGUGUGCAGGCUCACGCUCAAAGGGUGGCAUGAAAGGCUGGAUAUUUGCGCCGACGUGCAACCACGCCUCUCUCGGGUAACCCCCCCUCGCACGCUGGAUGCCAGGAUUACCAACGAGUUCGACAAUUUUCGGCUGGCCGACCCGGGCUUUUACAAAUCUAGCGCCGUAUCACUAGUCCUAGGAGCCGAAAUAUACGCAAUGAUCCUGCGUCCGGGACUCAUGCCAGCCACCCCCACUCGACCAACGGCACAGAACACAAUGUUCGGGUGGAUGAUCUCGGGAGGCACCAUCUAUUAGUGGACUACCAGAAGCAAUUGGCCUGAAAUCCAAAAAAUGAAUUUUUUAAUGAAUUUAUGAAUUUUUAUUGCAGCGACACUGCAAGGCGGGCGGCAUGUUUACGCUAGCCCCCUUCACCUUAAGUAUGUUUAUGAAGUAGAGA